UGAUAAUGAAAUAUUUUCCUUCAUCCCAAGACAUAAUUUGGAAAAAUAUAUUCAAGAACAACUGCAACUGGGUGGCAGUUAAAAACCUUAAGUCAAGUAAUUCAACAGGGAAUUCAGAAUGGAGUUAUUGUCCGCCACAGUUUUUCUGUGGUUCGUGAUCCAUAGUAGUAGUGUUCAGGGCGUGGCCUCCUUUGGUAUAACCAAUGUAGUUGACUCAGUAAAUGGUAUUGUACAAGGUAUUGGCAAGGAAAUUACUUUCCUACUUCUAACACCCUCAGAGUUAUUUAAAGCAUCGAAGCAAAUUUUAUUUGGUUUACCUGAGACCGCUGUAUUUAAGACCGUUCACAAAUUGUGUACUUUGUACUUAUCGUCGGACCUCAUUAAACCUCUUGGCCCAUCCAAUAUGGACACAAUGUCUUUUCGUUUACGUACUCCCUGUGAGGAAUACCGUUUUCCCUUAACUCAUACAGAGGAGAUUUUGUUACAUCCUAACUUUGAUGUCAACAAAAAAGUGGCAAUAUUUGUGACGGGUUGGAUGACCAGUUCGGAUGAUUCUUAUGUCGGUAAAAUGGCUAAUGCUUUUAAUUGUAGAGGAGAUUAUAAUUUUUUGGCUUUAAAUUCCUCCGAUGCCAUACAAACCUUAUAUAGUUGGUCUGCUUUUAAUACCGAAGAAGUUGGUAAUCAAAUGGCUCAAGGUCUGGCAAAACUAGUUGAUAAAAUACCACCUGAAAAUAUCCACUUAAUUGGCCAUAGUUUAGGAGCCCAUAUUGUUGGCUAUACGGGCCGUUAUUUUACCAAAUACACUGGAUUGAAUAUUUCACGUAUAACUGGUUUAGAUCCGGCUAAUCCUUGCUUUAAUGAGGGUGAAACUUUAACAGGUCUACAGCGUGGUGAUGCCUCAUUUAUCGAUGUUAUACACACUAAUCCCGGAGUUUUGGGCACCUCAAAUUCUAUUGGUGAUAUUGAUUUUUUUGUCGACGGUUUAGCUCCUAUUAAGCCAGGUUGUAUAAAAUUUGGAUGUUCUCAUACUCGGGCUUAUGAAUAUUUUACGGAAUCGGUUUAUCCUGACAAUGAGAUGAAUUUUAUGGCUAAGCAAUGUACCUCAAUGGCGAGAUUAAAUAAUGGUUUCUGUUCGGGUCCUGCAUAUCCAAUGGGAUUUGCUGUUCCAUAUGAUUUGAAGGGUAAUUUCUUUUUAUCUGUUAAUUCUCAAUCACCAUUUGGACAGAAUAAUAAUGGUCGACCUGCGGUGCCAAUUUUGUUUAAACAUACGUAUAAUUAUCUCAGUUUAAAACCAGAGCCUUUAGUGGGAAUCUACGACCACGACUGUCAGACUACCGAGGCCUCGGUAGACUAA